AUGGUCCUCCUGGGCCCUCUGCGCCCAGCCCUUGGGGUGCUCACAGGAGGCCCUGGGGGCUCUCAGGGCUGUGCCCUGCCUCAGAGCCACGCACUGGUGAGCAGGGAGAACUUCGUGCUUCUGGGCCAGAUGAGGAGACUGUCCCUUUUCUUCUGUCUGCAGGACAGAAAAGCCUUCAGAUUCCCGCGGGAGAUGGUGGAGGGCAGCCGGCGGCGGGAGGCCCAGGCCAGGUCGGUCCUUCACUGGCGGCUCCAGCGGACCUUCAACCUCUUGCACGCGGAGCGCGCCUCGGCUGCCUGGAGCCCGCUGCUGGGCCAGCUGCGCUCUGGCCUCCAUUGGCCGCGGCAAGAUCUGGACACCUGUUUGCUGGGCGGGCGGUGGGGAGAGCUGGCCCUGGGAAUGGACCGCCCCACACCCGCCCUGAAGAGGUACUUCCAGGAAACCCCUCUCCUCCUGGAAGAGAAGAAGAACAGCGACUGCGCCUGGGGAAUCGUCAGAGUGGAAAUCGUGAGUUCCUUGUCUUCAGCCACCAAUUUGCAAGGUAAGUUAGGAAUUAAGGAUGAAGACCUGGGGUCACCUUGA